UCACACACAAGCCGUCGAAUUCAACCAACACAGGUGCUGCCAGUUUUAGUUUUACCUGCGGGUCGGUCAGCCAGCGUCAUCCGCCUUAUCGUGUCGCUGGUGACUAAUAAAUAAUCCGAUUGUUGUGACUCAGACACGCCCGGACAUCUGGGACACUCGGACGGACACUCGCGAUGUGGAGUCCGACGCACGUUCAGGUCACAGUUCAAAAAGCGAGAGAUUUGCUGACCAAAGGAAAAAAUGGCACCAACGACGCGUUCGUCACGAUCGCGCUGGGCAAAGAAAAGUACCAAACGUCGGUGAAGGAAAAAGCAUCUGGCGCCGUCGAAUGGCACGAAGAAUGCGAACUGCAAAUUCCCGAACAUGGGAACACGGCCGAAGUGGUGCUUUCGGCUCUGCACAGGAACUUUCUGGGCGUGGACGAAUUUCUCGGUAUGGUGAGCAUCCCACUGUCUGAUUUUGACGUCUACGAGAGGCCGCGCAACAGAUGGUACACCCUGAAGAGCAAGCCCGGCAAGGAGAAGAACAAGCCGCGUGGAGAGCUCGAGGUCAAAAUUGCGUUCAUCGUCAAGGCGGGCAGUUUGACCGACCUCAGCAAAAAGGAGAAGCACAAAUCCUCUCUCGGACAACUCGGACAAGUGGCCCAUUCAGUCGGUGGAAGUUUGCUCAGUAUUGGAAGUUCUGAUAAAAGAAAAAGCUUGAAGAGAUUUGCCAAGUCAAUAGGCAGCAAAGUUUCAAGAAAAGACAAGCAUCGAAGUGAUUCUUUCAAGGAGGAAGGAAGUUUUGACAAUAGUCAUGUUGAAGACUCGCCCUCUUUCUCCCGCAUGACUGGAAGGACUUUGGGAGGAGGUCAAAUCAAAGGAGAGGCUGACCCUGGGGUCAUCAGUGAAGACGAAGAUGAGUUUGCUUUUGACGAACUCUCUCACAAAAGUUCAGCCAGUUCGCUCAGCAACAGCAAUGCAGUGCCGUCUUCGUACUCGAACACCUCCACCCUGCCAGUGGCCAAUUCACUUGAGAAUUUGGCCGGAGGAGAGUUUUUGAGGCGCACGUCGGAACUUCCUCCAGCCGUUGCUGCCCCUGCAAAGCCGCCCAGAAACUCUCCGGAGAAAACUACCAUUGUGGAUGAGUGGGAUGAGAAAAUUUUCGGCCGCAAAGAUACCAUUUCGAUUGGAUCUGGUUCGUUGAAACGGAGAUCUUGGAAAGAAGAAGCGCCUAAAGUGGAAAAACAACCGGAGGAGCCUGAAAAGGAGAAGGAAAAAGAGCCGGAAAAGCCUCCCUCACCGAAGAAGACUUUGGCGCCGCAGCCAAUGCCGAGAGUUCCGUCCAAGAGCAGCUUCAAGGAAAUCAUUGUUGAGACUGAAAAGGAGGAGGAAAAGAAGAAGAAGGACAAUAAUAAAGAAAAUAAGGAAAAGGAGCCCAAGGAGAAGGAUGGAAUCUUUUCCCGCAAGUUGAAGGCCUUCAAAAAAGAUUCGCCAAAUGAUUUGACACCAACAAAACCUACUGUGGUAUCUCUAAUCAAUGCCAACGCCCCGUAUGAGAGGAUCAUAAUCGGGGGCGAGAGUGACAAGCCAAAUCCCAGAAUCACAUCAAAACGCCUUCCCUCAGAAGUGAUGGAGAAGUUCAAGGACAAAUCCAGAGAGGAGCUGAUUGAGCUGGUCUGCAACCUGCAAUGCGCCGUCGAGCUGCAGCAAAAGCGAAUGAAAGACAUGGAGGACUACCUGGACGACCUGUUGCUCCGAGUGAUGGAAACCACCCCUCGGAUUCUUCAAAACCCAAAAGUUCUGCACUGAUCAAAAAAUGUUGCAGCUCCACUGGCUGAGCAGUUUCCCAUGAGAAGAUGCCAAAAGUAAAUUCAUCACAGAACUCAGUGAUUUGAAAAGUGCGAAAAAGUGUAUUUAAUUAAUUGAUAUGCGUGAGAUUACAAUUAAUCCAAACUGUGUAAUAAUAAUUCCGUGGACCACUUAUGUCAAGAUGACAAUAUUAAAUGUUAUGUAAAGGUAAGAGAAAACUCCAUAAAUAAUAUGAGAUCUACUAUGGCCCUUAAAACAUUGUGAUUUUUCAUACUUUUCAUUGUAACUUGUAACCAACCCAAAUUUGCUGCUAAAUAUCCAUAAUAUAAAGCUAAAUAGAUUGUAUUUUAUGUUGAACUUUUGUUGUACCAAGUUAACCACUGAUAAAAAUCAAUGAAAAUAAAGUGUAAAACAU